AUGUCUGACAAGAUUCAAAACAAAGUCACACCCGACGUGGUCAAGGCUCCCGACGUGGUCAAGGCUCCCGACGUCGUCAAGGCUCCCGUCGACAUCAAGGCUCCCGUCGAAAAGGCUCCCGACGUCGUCAAGGCUCCCGUCGAAAAGGUCGCAGACACCACAACCACGGCCACGACCACGACGGCCAACCCCGACAAUGUCACUCGUGUAGAAGACAAGCCUGGAUUCGUGGCUCGUGUUAGGGAAGAAUUGAGUCCCAAGCAUUUGGAAGAAGUGAUGAAGCAUCCCGUGGAUACAAUGAGGGAGAUGGUUCACCACGAUCACAAGCAAUGA